AUGGAUUAAUAAACAAUUAAGUUUAAAACAUAAGAUUAAAUAUUAAAUACUUGCAUUUAAUCUUUUUCUAAAGUUAAAGUUAAUCUUGACUGGAGUAGCAUAAGUAAUUAAGACAUAAUCAAUAUAACAAAUGUUUUUAAGAAAUCUAAUAAUAUCUAAAUUUUGUCUCUCAGUUUCAUAAGAAAUUAAAUCGGUGACGAAGGGGCUAUAGCAAUAGGUUCUUGUCUAGUAAAUUGUUUGAAUUUAUAAUCUCUAAAAUUAAGAAUUUCACAGAAUAAAAUUAAUGGAGAAGGCACAGUAGGGCUAGUCUCAAAUUUGUAAAACCUAAAUAACCUCUAAAAUGUUAUUUUUUAGCUUGAUUUUAACAAAGUUGGAGUCUAAGGAGCAACUGCUUUAGGGUCUGCUUUUGGAAACUGUAAAAAUCUAUAAAAAUUAAGUCUAAGUAUUCAUAAGAACGAAAUCUCUAAUUAAGGUGUAAUAAUGCUGGGAUAACAUUUGCAAUAAUCUAAAAGUAUCGUUCAAUUGCAUCUUGGACUAAACUGGAAUAAUAUUGAUGCUGAAGGAAUAUCAAUCUUAAGUUUUUCAUUAGCAAAAUGCACUCAAAUUUAGAUGCUGAGUAUAAGUUUAUUCGAAAAUAAGGCUCAUGAUGAAGGGAUUUGUAAUUUAGGGUAGAGUCUAUCAAAGUUAGAUAAACUCUCAAGCUUAGAACUAUAGAUUGCUUAAAACAAUAUAAGUGCUUUUGGUGCCUCGAGUUUGCUUAAUUCUUUAGUAAGCUGCUAAAAGCUUUACAAAUUAAAUCUUUUACUCUUUUCAAACAUUCUUGGGACUUAAGGAGCUUUUGUUAUAGGUUCUGCUUUAAAAUAAUGUGCUUAACUGUCAAUUCUAACGCUCUCACUAGAUAAAAAUGAUAUAAAAGAUGAGGGUUUAAUAGAACUGUGUUCUUCAUUAACAUGCUGUAAGAAAUUAUAUGCCUUAACUUUAAGUAUUUUGUAAAGAAUUUGA